AUGGGCAAGGCAAUUUAUAAGGAUCGGUUAAAAGUUAUUAAUGAACGAACAAAAAGAGCAAGUCCUGACGACAAUAAGCAAUUAGUUGCGUUUAGUAUAUUGAUCUUCAAGAACUUCAAAAUUCUUCCUGGAUAUUUCCUUUGUCUAAUGAAACACUACAAGAUCCGUAAACUUCGAGAUAAUGAUUCAAUAAUGCUUAGGUGCGACUAUGAGGAUGAUAUUCCGACAUGCACCGAAUUACAGAUCUCAAAACUAACCAAUAUGUUAGUAACGCAUCUCGUAACUUUAUAUUUAACAGUGGAUGUAUCGAUACAAAUUAGGAGCGCGAGUAAAAUUGAUGAUGGUUCGACAACAGACGGUGUUUUCAGACAGCAAUCCCCUCAACGAAUGAAACGAUCAUGGAUUCACCAAAGUAUUAAACAUAAUAAUGUACGCCAUAUAGCUGAAGUAUUGGGUGGAAAACUAAAUGCAAUAAAAUAG